GUAGGAAGACAGAGUUGCUACCUCCCUUUCAAGCUACGUCGGGGAGAGGGGGUGGGGACUAUACCAACCCAUCACCACGCUGCAUGCCACUCUCACACACAGAUGCUUCUCCGUCAUGUUCUCUGGGAAAUUUCCCCCAGAUUAGAAAAAGGACGGUAACACGAUUCUGCCUCGGAAGGCGAGUUUUUACCACUGCAGCACAAAGAACAGCGGAGCGCGCUUUCACAUCCUUGCAACUCCACUCACUUGUUCGGCUCUGUACUUCAGCACCACGGAGAGCGGUACAUCCUUGGCUGCCACCCAUGGGGAACCAGCUUCCCGCGACUCAGCACCGGAUUCCGGUCAUCUAGAGGAGGAACAAGACUGCGUAUAUUACCCUCAAUGUUGGGGAGCAGCACCUUCAGAAACAUGCAGCGCCGGCACACAACGCUGAGGGAGAAGGGCCGCCGCCAGGCCAUCCGGGGUCCCGCCUACAUGUUCAACGAGAAGGGCACCAGCCUGACGCCCGAGGAGGAGCGCUUCCUGGACUCGGCUGAGUAUGGCAACAUCCCGGUGGUCCGGAAGAUGCUGGAGGAGUCCAAGACCCUCAACUUCAACUGCGUGGACUACAUGGGGCAGAACGCACUGCAGCUGGCCGUGGGCAACGAGCAUCUAGAGGUCACGGAGCUGCUGCUGAAGAAGGAGAACCUGGCUCGGGUGGGGGACGCGCUGCUGCUGGCCAUCAGCAAGGGCUACGUGCGCAUCGUGGAGGCCAUCCUCAACCACCCGGCCUUCGCGCAGGGCCAGCGCCUGACGCUCAGCCCGCUGGAGCAGGAGCUGCGGGACGACGACUUCUACGCCUACGACGAGGACGGCACGCGCUUCUCCCACGACAUCACGCCCAUCAUCCUGGCGGCGCACUGCCAGGAGUACGAGAUCGUGCACAUCCUGCUGCUCAAGGGCGCCCGCAUCGAGCGGCCCCACGACUACUUCUGCAAGUGCAAUGAGUGCACGGAGAAGCAGCGGAAAGACUCCUUCAGCCACUCGCGCUCGCGCAUGAACGCCUACAAAGGACUGGCGAGUGCCGCCUACUUGUCCCUCUCUAGCGAAGACCCUGUCCUCACCGCCCUGGAGCUCAGCAACGAGUUAGCCAGACUAGCCAACAUUGAGACUGAAUUCAAGAACGAUUACAGGAAGUUAUCUAUGCAAUGCAAGGAUUUUGUAGUGGGCGUGCUGGACCUGUGCCGAGACACAGAAGAGGUGGAAGCGAUUUUAAAUGGUGAUGUGAACUUUCAAGUCUGGUCCGACCACCACCGUCCGAGUCUGAGCCGGAUCAAACUCGCCAUUAAAUAUGAAGUCAAGAAGUUCGUUGCUCAUCCUAACUGUCAACAGCAAUUGCUUACCAUGUGGUAUGAAAAUCUCUCAGGCUUACGUCAACAGUCUAUCGCUGUGAAAUUCCUGGCUGUCUUUGGAGUCUCCAUAGGCCUCCCUUUUCUCGCCAUAGCCUAUUGGAUUGCUCCGUGCAGCAAGCUAGGACGAACCCUGAGGAGCCCUUUUAUGAAGUUUGUAGCUCAUGCAGUUUCCUUUACCAUCUUCUUGGGACUAUUAGUUGUGAAUGCAUCUGACCGAUUUGAAGGUGUUAAAACCCUCCCAAAUGAAACCUUCACAGACUACCCGAAACAAAUCUUCAGAGUGAAAACCACACAGUUCUCCUGGACAGAAAUGCUCAUUAUGAAGUGGGUCUUAGGAAUGAUUUGGUCUGAAUGCAAGGAAAUCUGGGAGGAGGGGCCGCGGGAGUACGUGCUGCACCUUUGGAACCUGCUAGAUUUCGGGAUGCUGUCCAUCUUUGUGGCCUCCUUCACAGCACGCUUCAUGGCCUUCCUGAAGGCCAGCGAGGCACAGCUGUACGUGGACCAGCACGUGCAGGAUGACACGCUGCACAACGUCUCGCUUCCGCCGGAAGUAGCCUACUUCACCUACGCCAGGGACAAGUGGUGGCCUUCAGACCCUCAGAUCAUAUCAGAAGGGCUGUAUGCGAUCGCCGUCGUGCUGAGCUUCUCUCGCAUUGCAUACAUCCUGCCAGCCAACGAGAGUUUUGGGCCCCUGCAGAUCUCCCUAGGGAGAACUGUGAAAGAUAUCUUCAAGUUCAUGGUCAUUUUCAUCAUGGUAUUUGUGGCCUUCAUGAUUGGGAUGUUCAACCUGUACUCUUACUACCGAGGUGCCAAAUACAACCCCGCGUUUACAACAGUUGAAGAAAGUUUUAAAACUUUAUUUUGGUCCAUAUUCGGCUUAUCUGAAGUAAUCUCGGUGGUGCUGAAAUACGACCACAAAUUCAUUGAGAACAUCGGCUACGUUCUCUACGGCGUUUAUAACGUCACCAUGGUGGUAGUGCUGCUCAACAUGCUCAUAGCCAUGAUCAACAACUCCUAUCAGGAAAUCGAGGAGGAUGCAGAUGUGGAAUGGAAAUUUGCCCGAGCAAAACUCUGGCUGUCUUACUUUGAUGAAGGAAGAACUCUACCUGCUCCUUUUAAUCUAGUGCCAAGUCCUAAAUCAUUUUAUUAUCUCAUAAUGAGAAUCAAGAUGUGCCUCAUAAAACUCUGCAAAUCUAAGGCCAAAAGCUGUGAAAAUGACCUUGAAAUGGGCAUGCUGAAUUCCAAAUUCAAGACUCGCUACCAGGCUGGCAUGAGAAAUUCUGAAAAUCUGACAGCAAAUAACACUUUCAGCAAGCCCACCAGAUACCAGAAAAUCAUGAAACGGCUCAUAAAAAGAUAUGUCCUGAAAGCCCAGGUGGACAGAGAAAAUGACGAAGUCAAUGAAGGCGAGCUGAAGGAAAUCAAGCAAGACAUCUCUAGCCUGCGCUAUGAGCUUCUUGAGGAAAAGUCUCAAGCUACUGGUGAGCUGGCAGACCUGAUCCAACAACUCAGCGAGAAGUUUGGAAAGAACUUAAACAAAGACCACCUGAGGGUGAACAAGGGCAAAGACAUUUAGCAGCCCAUAUCGGCAUCUGUGACUUCUACCAGCAUUCCAAGGCCAGGUUGGAUGCCCUGGCCCCCACCCCUGGUGGGGAGGGGUCCCUAGCCCACUCCUCUAGGACACAAAGGGGAUCUCCUGGCUCAGUCUCUUGCAGUAUGACUGACAUCUCCAGCCCACUGGCCUGCCUAGACCCAGAACUGCUGUGAAUAUAGGCAGUUGGGUAAGAAAAGCUACCAUGGGAGGAGGGGAGGAAGAGCCCCCCCCCCCGACGCAUGUGAGACCUUUGGUCCAGCCGCAGUGAAACCUGUCCCUGUGGCCAGAGCAGGAAAAGGCCAUCUUGGGUGCACACCUGUGCCCUCCCACUGCAAAUGGGACUGCAGCUCUGGCUGUAUCCUGGGAAGACAAACACCUCAUCCCACCAAACCCUUCUCACUCCCUCCCUGCCACCCCUCAACACAUCCAAACAGAACCAGGAGGUGGCCUGUGAUCUAUUCUUAAGUGCCAGAUGAGAACACAGAUAGCCUAAUAGCAAAAUAGUUAUAUUUGUUUAUAUAAAAAAAAAAGUUUAAAAAUCAAAAACUGUACUGUAGGUAGCACUGUUUAGCAAACAACAACAAAAUCCAAAUGAUGUAUUUUUACCUUUAUUAAGAUUAUCUUGUAUUUACUAUUUUUACCUAAAAUGGAAAGAAAUAAAAUUACCUCAUAAUAACUUCUGUGGAUACGCUGCCGCUGCCGGGGCCGCCCCACUCGCUGGCCCUGUCUGGAGGUAGCCUUGGGAACCCCUGGCCCAGGGACGCUCUGGGAGGAGAAUGGGCCGGUGCGGUGGGGGUAGGGUGGGGAAGGAAGGCCCCACCCCUCUGAGAGUUGUGCAGCCAGGAUCCCCAGAAGCUCCAGCCUCCACCUCCAAGCCCCUCCUCCUGUGCCCAGACCUAAGGUCAGGAAGGAGGUGAAGGAAAUGCAGAAGAAGUGGAAAGUUUUCUCCCAUUGUAGAGCUUUCUUCCCUGUGAAAGGAAGGGGAGGGGCAGGAAUGAGGCCUCAAAGUGUCCCCCCACCAAAGGGGCUAAGUGUGAGUAGGAAGAGCAGCCACCAGAGGGCGCUGAGUCCCAAACUAUUCUCGUUCAGAGCAAGUACGCAAAGAUGCCACUGGCUUCCAGAAGAGCCCUCUG